AUGUCACUCAUCGUCCAUCUGAUCAGUCUCGCCGACCUCCUCCACCGUCUGAUGCCCAUCUACUAUGCGGUCCUUGGUAUCAUGCUUCUUUUCUACGGAAGCAGCCCUUACGUACCUCUCCUCGGCACCAUGAUCGGCCUCUACUUCCUCUACGGGUAUGAUUAUUUCCACACUGGGAUUGAGAACGCCGACGCACCCUAUAUGAUGCUCCUCGGUGAUGUCGUUUGCGGCUUGGCCUUCGCUGCUCUCGUUCACUACAACCACGGAAACUACCAACGAAAAUUCGCUCGACAUUACAAACUUGUUCGUCGCCAGGGAUAUCGACGCCCGGGAUAUCGACGCCCGGCGUCUGUUCCGCUUUCACGCUCACCUGCCGCUAGGGAGGAAGAGCGUGUUCCUACUUACGCCGAGGUCUUAAAGUCCUAG